CCUAGCCUUUCAUGUGACGACCUCAGAAGUUGUAUACGACCGAUCUCUUAUACCUCUACAUACCAUGUAUACCCAUACCCAUAUGAACUCCUCUCGAUACUCAAUGAUGGAUCUAAAUACGUACACAAACGGACAACAACAAGUGGUGCCCCAACAGCAGCAACAGAUGGCUCAACAGAGUUUCCUCUUUUUCGGCCAGUCGAUCACCGAUAGCCCCUUCGUGUCACAAGCAAGUGCCAGUGUCAGCGGACUAGACACUAAUCUUCUCCGAGCAGAAUUGAUCAAGGAAAAAGCGUUACGGCAGAAAGUAGAACAGGAAUUGGAGCAGCACAAAAGGAUGGUGACAGACUUAACGAGUAGAGUGCAGUAUGCUUAUUUCAUGAUGAUACAAAUGCAGGAAGCUCACCGAUUAAAUAACUCCAAUCAAAUGCAGAUGUUGGAAAAUGCGCAGUUAAAAGAAAAAAUCGAAUGUCUGCAGAAAGAAAAUGAGCGGCUAUCAAAGGAAUUAGAAGAUGAAAGAAUGCCUCGACUCGACCAAGAGGGAUCCAGUGACGACAAGGACCAAGAUGGUUUCGACGUGGACAAAAUUUACUCUACAAAGAAUGAGCUGCUUCUGAUGGCGUUGAAUUAUGACUUGACUAGCAGGCAUACGCCAACAUCCAGCUGACAGUAUAUAUAUCUGAUCUUAUAUUGUUAUGCGAUAUCUCAUCGUAAUUGGAAAUUUUCAUGCAUUUGAAUAUGUAUAUAAGCAAUUAAAAGCUUUACCUCCACAUGUGCCCUACGCCC